AUGUAUCUGAUCAAUGUUUUGAAUAAUGUGCGAAAAAGUGAUUAUUCAGAUUUGUAUUUCUUGGGUAAUGACUCGAAUUGUAACACCCCAAACACUGAAGUUGACUUGGUUUUUUUACAGUGUUUAUUACAAACUGUUAUUCAAUCUUUUGAUAUCAGAUUCAACACGAUUUCAUCUUCUGAAGAUAUCAGACAAUUUGUUGAUGUUUUGAAAAAGUGUUCCAAUUUGCCAGAUUAUUUGGUUAACAGUACAAAUAAUUCAAUGGAUGAUGAUGAAAACAGAAUCGGGGUUGAUAGUGAAGAUGUUGUUGAAACCACUUCUGAAGAAAUUGAAGAAGUUGAACAUUGUAUUGACGAGAAUGAAGUGAACAAUAUCCUCGGUGAAAUGUUCGGAGAAUUACCAAAGAAUGAUAUUGAACUAAUCAAUGGUAAUAAUUUAAUAGGAAUUGAUAAUACCGACUUUAACAUUGAAGGGCUCAUGUACAUGUUUUACAAACCAGAUGAAAUUAUCAAUAAAUUAUUGAUGACACACUUGAAGAAAAAAGUGACUUUACAAUACCCAAAGGAUUUGAAGAUACUAAAGAAGAACUUGAAAAAUUGGAAUCUCUUAUUGAAAGUAAUUUGGAUUUGA